GAUGUGGACCAUUCACCUGCUCUCUUUUUUCUUUUAAAAAAUUAAAUUACCCGGUGGAGAGCUUCUGAGUUUGAAUGGGGCAAGAAAUGGCCCUCGCGCUGUAUCAUUUUCAAAUUUAUGAUGAUAAUGGAAAAAGAAUCAGCCAAUUUCGAAUUUUUUUCAGAAACUGCGGGGUUCUAGGGCAAGCUUGAUCGAUUCAUUUGCAUGAAAUUGAUGAGCAAUUGCCAUCCAAGGUCUUGAACUUAUGGAGUGGGGAAGACUCAGUACCAGUAGCUUAACUAGACGGAGAUGGAAGGGUGGUUCUUGGGCUCUGAGGAAGUGUACGGAGGCAGUGGCAAUUGGGGUUUUUUUGGGCGUUUCGUUCUCAAUUUUCGUGACCUUUGGACGACGGCGGGCUCUCGGUCAAUCGAUGGGUUCCGAUUGCGAUUUCCGGGCGAUUUUCAACUUCGGCGAUUCAAAUUCCGACACCGGCAGCGAUUCAGCGGUGUUCUGUAGGGUCCCUUCUCCCAACGGCGACACCUUCUUCGGCAAACCCUCCGGCCGGUACAGCGAUGGCCGUUUGAUCAUUGACUUCAUGGCUGAGGAGUUGGGAUUACCACAUUUGAGUUCAUAUCUUGACUCCAUUGGAACAAAUUUCCAACAUGGAGCAAACUUUGCAGCAAGUGGAUCUACGAUUCAGCCGGCAAAUGGCAAACUAUUUGACUAUGGUUUUAACCCCAUCUCGCUUAACAUACAGCUCUUGCAGUUCAUACAGUUCAAGGAGCGCACUCAUGAGCUAUACAACCGAGAAAUCUCCCAAACCAAAAGCAGCACAUUCCCAAGACCAGAGGACUUCUCAAAGGCCCUCUACACCAUGGAUGCUGGACAGAACGAUCUCCAUGCUGGGUUUCUGUCAAUGGCUGAGGACGAAAUGAAGGCCUCAAUUCCUCUCUUGAUCAAUCAGUCGGCUCUGGCACUGCAGCAACUCUACGAACAUGGAGCAAGAACAUUUUGGGUACAAAAUACCGGUCCCAUUGGCUGCUUGCCUUACUGCAUUGUAAAUGAUCCUCCAAAGCCAGACAAUAUGGACCAAAGUGGAUGCAUCAAGUCCUACAAUGAGGUGGCUCAGGAGUUCAACAGGCAACUCAAGGAGAGGGUGUUCCAACUGAGGACCAAACUACAAGAUGCGGUGAUUACUUAUGUCGACAUCUUCUCGGCUAAAUAUUCUCUGAUUUCCAAUGCAAAGAAAUAUGGUUUUGUUGAUCCUCUUGGGUACUGUUGUGGGCACCAUGGGGACUACAACGUGGACUGUGGGAAGAAGACAAUGGUUAAUGGCAGUGAGGUUUAUGGGGCUGGUUGCAGUAAUCCUGGGGAAUACAUAAGCUGGGAUGGCGUUCACUACACUGAGGCUGCAAACCGCUGGGUAGCCAACCUCAUCGUGAAUGGGUCACUCUCUGAUCCUCCUGUUUCCAUCUCUAGAGCAUGUCAAAUCUCUGUUCAUACACACUCAUGACCUCAAAAAGAUCAACUCAAAAGACAAGAAUUCUUCUUUUGUGUUAGUAACUAACUAUUGUGUCAUCUAAUUUUGGUUGGCAUUCACUGAUCAAGUAGUUAUUUUUUCCCCUAAUCAACUCUGUUUAAAUUUAUUUUGCGCCUUUAAGACGGACAGUAUUUCUGAUCCUUCGAACGACUACACCAGGGGAAGGGUACCAGUCGGUAAUAGCUGAAGGCAGAAAACACUUUUAUGGAGCAAGGGCGAGAAGGAAGAGAAGAAGAAUGAGUGGUUGCCUAAAUGAAGAACUAACUGGUGGCGGACAUUUCAGAGUGCGGUCUUGUCUUGGAGUUCAAGACAUGGCCAAAACUAGUGUGGUUUUAGGAAGAAUCACGUCUUUGUGAAGGAAGAGAAAUUGAUGGAGAUCCUCCACUAUUAUAAUAUUAUAAUGUAUCAACAAAAAUAACCCUCCUCCACUAUACACAAUUACGAAUCAUUUAGGGGAUUUUUCCCUUUUUGGUAAUUGUUACAAACUUAAACACUGCUAUGUCACAUUCUGAAAACUUAGGAAAUAUUUUUGAAUUCUGUGCUUACCAAAA